AAAUACUUACGGGCUUAGUCGUUCAUCACCAAUUCACCAGCGCACAACAGGUCCAUCCAUCCAUCCAUCCACUAAUAGCAUUGUUUUGGAAUCAUGUCUUCCGCAGAAUCUGUUCUCAUCAAGAAUGGCAAGAUUGUCAACUGUGACGGCGUCAAGGAUGGCGAUGUGCUCAUUCAGGGUGGUAAAAUCAAGUCGGUCGGGGUGGGUCUGACGCCACCCGCGGGAGCCAGAGUGAUUGACGCUGGGGGCAAGUACGUGAUGCCGGGAGGGAUCGAUGCUCACACCCAUUUGAACAUGCCCUUCAUGGGAACCACGACUGCGGACGAUUUCUACAUCGGGACUAAAGCUGCCAUCGCCGGGGGCACGACGAUGAUCAUCGAUUUCGUCAUCCCGGCCAAAGGUCAGUCUUUGCUCGAGGCGUAUGACCAAUGGCAAGGUUGGUCAGAGGGGUUGGUCUGCUGCGACUAUUCGUUCCACUGCGCCGUCACGUGGUGGUCGGAACAAGUCAAGAAAGAGAUGGAAAUCCUGGUGAAGGAGAAGGGCAUCAACUCCUUCAAAAUGUUCAUGGCGUACAAGGACGUCCUCAUGCUGCGCGAUGACGACAUGUACUUGUGCUUCGAGCAUUGUAAAAAGAUUGGCGCCCUUGCCCAAGUUCACGCCGAGAAUGGCGACAUCAUCGCCGAGAACGCCAAAAAAGUCCUCGCCGCAGGAAUCUCUGGUCCCGAGGGACACGAGAUGAGUCGACCAGAAGAGGUUGAGGCGGAAGCGACCAAUCGCGCCUGCGUCCUCGCCUCCCAAGUGAACUGUCCGCUCUACGUGGUCCACGUCAUGAGCAAAAGUGCGGGCGAUGUCAUCGCCUCGAAACGGAAUGAAGGCUGUGUCAUCUUCGGAGAACCCAUCGCCGCCGGAUUGGGGACGGAUGGGAGUAAUUACUUUUGCAAAUCCUGGCGUCACGCUGCCGCCCACAUUCUCUCGCCACCCCUUCGACCUGACCCCACCACGCCCGGCUAUCUGAUGGACCUCCUCGCCAAGGGUGACCUCCAAGCCACCGGCAGCGACAAUUGCACGUUCACCCACGAGCAGAAGAAAAUGGGGGCCGAGGACUUUAGCAAAAUCCCCAACGGCGUGAACGGGUUGGAGGAUCGGAUGUCUGUCAUUUGGGAGAAAGGUGUCCACACUGGAAAAAUGGACCCGGCCAGAUUCGUCGCAGUGACGAGUACGAAUGCAGCAAAGAUUUUUAACGUUUACCCACAAAAGGGUGCCAUUCUCGAAGGGUCUGACGCCGACUUGGUCAUCUGGGAUGGAGACGCGACGCGGAUGAUUUCCGCUGCGACGCAUCAUCACGCCACAGAUAAUAACAUUUUUGAGGGUAUGACUUGCCACGGUGUCCCUGUCUUCGUCCUCGUCAAGGGGAAGGUGUGCGUAGAGGGUGGAAAAGUGACCGGGACCAAGGGCUGGGGCAAGUUUGUGCCCAACCUGCCCUUCACCCCGUUCGUCUACGACCCUGUCCGGAAGAGAGAUGCGGAACUUAAAGCCAAGUGGAAACCGGUAGAACGGGACGGUUACAAUGGGGAAAUGAUGAGCAUGGCGAAAAAGUGAGAAUCCCCCUAUCAAAUUUGGACCUUACGAAAAAAAUCGCGAGUUUUUGACUGUUCAAGAAGCACCAUGACUUGAAUAAAUAAAGCAAAAAUAUAAUUAAAAUACUCAACUUUG